GCAACCGGAGUGGCAGCGGACAGAAGAGAGGGGAUCCCCGGGAUUUUUACACCGAAGCCAGCUAAAUACUAACAUCACACAACUGAAUACCGCAGGGGAAGUCGGCAGAGCCCCUCACAGACUCCGGUGAGAGCAGCCAUGUCAGAGGAGGCAGUGCGUCAAACACGCAGCCAGAAGCGAGCUCUGGAGAGGGACCAUGCAACUCCUGCAGGGCCCCCAGAGGACAUGGACAAUAAACGGGUUAAAGUAGAGAAGGGCGAUGCAGAUGGGGACCCACUAGCACUAGUGGGAUCUGGAGAUGAGGGUGUCAAACUGAAGAAUGAGCAGGCUGCAAAAGUAGCAGCGAGCAUCCUAAAGGCAGGGGAAGUGAAGGCCACCAUCAAAGUGGAAGUACAGACUGGAGAUGAGCCUGUUGACAUGAGUACAUCCAAGAGUGAUAUUAAAAGAGAGCGCCAGCCACCAUCGCCAGAUGGGAUCGUGUUAUCAGACAAUGAACCAUCCAGUCCUCUCAUGAAUGGCCUGCUUCACGAGACUGAUACAGAUAAACUAAUGAAGAGCUCCCCACAGGAGAGGGAGCGCAUUAUCAAACAGCUGAAGGAGGAACUCAGACUGCAAGAGGCUAAGCUGGUGCUGCUUAAGAAACUACGACAGAGCCAGAUCCAGAAGGAGAGCACAGUGCAGAAGACAACUGCUCUGUUGGCAACUCCUCCUCCUCUGGUGCGUGGUAGUAUUACAUCAAGCAAAGGAACCCUUCAGGUGACAGGUCGUAGCUCAGGCACGGUGAUCCCUCCUCCUUUGUUCGGGUGGCAGCACGUCCCGUCCAAACACAACUCUCAGAUUGUGAUGCCACCGCUGGUCAGAGGAGCCCAGCCCAUCACAGUGACUCCACAGCACAUGGCCAGUAUACGUCAGCAACAGCAGCAGCACGGCGGCUCAGGCCCUCCUCCUCUCCUGCUGGCUCCCAGGGCCUCUGUGCCCAAUGUCCAGGUCCAGGGCCAGAGGAUCAUUCAGCAAGGACUCAUCAGAGUGGCAAAUGUAGCUAACAGUAAUGUCAUGGUCAACAUCCCUCAGGCCUCUCCCACCAGCCUAAAGGGCUCCUCAGUGUCACCCAACUCUCUCAAUGACUCCCCGGCCAGCCGGCAAGCGGCAGCUAAGCUUGCACUUCGUAAGCAGUUGGAGAAGACGCUGCUGGAGAUCCCUCCACCCAAACCCCCUGCCCCCGAGUUCAACUUCCUGCCUUCAGCGGCCAAUAAUGAGUUCAUCUACUUGUUAGGCUUGGAGGAGGUGGUCCAAAAACUUCUGGAGAUGCAUGGGCGGGGAAAUUUAGGUCCAGCUGCUGCGAUGUCCAGCUCCAUUCCCAAAGAGCCAUACACCUGUGCACAGUGUAAGACGGACUUUACCUCCCGCUGGAGGAAGGAGAAGUCUGGCACUGUUCUCUGUGACCACUGCAUGUCGUCCAAUCAGAAGAAGGCCCUGAAGGCGGAGCACACCAGUCGGCUGAAAGCAGCGUUUGUCAAGGCGCUUCAACAGGAGCAGGAGAUCGAACAGCGCAUCCUGCAGCAGGCAGCCUCCUCUUCAUCUUCCUCUUCUGCCUCGUCUGUCUCUAAAGCCAGCUCGUCCUCUUCUUCCUCUCCCUCGCUGUCCAAAAGUGAUGUGCUGGCGUCCCAGCAGUACAAGCAGGCUAGAGCCAUGCAACAUAGAACUGUGGGUGGCCAUCACUCCACCAUUAAACAGAGUCAGAUGGCACAUAGCCUCCAGUCUGCAGUGACCUCUCAUGGCAUGGCCCACUCAUUCACCUCCUCCUCUCAGCUGCAGAAUGCUGUGACAGCGGCGGCGCUGGGCAGCAGGGCAGGUAAGCAUGCUGCAGCACGCGCACUGCAGCAGGGGGCAAAGGUCAGCGCCGGCAGCAGUAACCAGGGCAACGUGGCUGCAUGGAGGAAGCAGAGCGGUGGCAAUACAGGUGUAACUAUGGCCUAUGUGAAUCCCAGCUUGUCUGCCCAUAAAACCUCCUCUGCUGUUGAGCGUCAACGCGAGUACCUGCUGGACAUGAUUCCCUCCCGUUCCAUCUCCCAGGCAGCCAACACAUGGAAAUAAUGCAAUCUUAUUCCCUACUCCAACCUUAAUAGUGACCCCUCUUAACGUCAAUAACAGCCAUUCUCAUUAUCGAUCUAACAGUGGACACUGUCCUGGCAUGAUGCAGGGGAGAAACCGCCUUGUUUUUUGUGGGAUAGAGGUGUUCCUCCACCCUUUUCUCAAGAUCUUUCUGCUACUAUCUUCCUUACUUUUUAUCCCAAAUGAAUGUUGUGCUUCCACAACUGGAGUUUAUGGGAUAUGAGGAUUAUGUCAUGAAAUUUACUGUUUGGGGCUGACAUGGGCGUGACAAAUUUUGCUAAUUUCUCCUGCGGCGUUGCCUCAUCAGUGUAUAUCGGUUGAACCUUCCAAGAGGAAGAUGCCGUAAGGUCCCUGAUCUCCCCUGCCUCUGGAUUAGGCAGGCAAAGAAAACAAGCUCACUAUUAUACACAAUAAAUAUUCGCCUUACGUCCAGCCCCCCCGAGUCUGAGCCAGUCAGACUUAGACCUGAUCGAACUGAACUUUACUGAAGACCUCAUCACAGGGAUUGUGGUUGAGCUUUGAGGACCAUCCACAAAAAUAACUGCUUCAGCUUUGCAAAAAUGAAUAAAAUGAAAAGAACUGUUAAAAAAAAAAAAAAAAAAAAAAAGAUCUCUAU